AUGGAUCAAAUUCUCGCCUUCGUUGAGCCCGGACGCAAGUUCACCAAGGACUCCAUCCGCCUGGUGAAGCGAUGCACCAAGCCCGACCGCAAGGAGUUCCAGAAGAUUGCAGUAGCCACUGCCAUCGGUUUUGCCAUCAUGGGCUUUAUCGGCUUUUUCGUGAAGCUGAUCCACAUUCCCAUCAAUAACAUCAUUGUGUAA